AUGUUCGCCGCUCUCCGCGCCUCGACGUCGCGCGCCGGCGUCCGCGCCUUCUCGGUCUCGACCCGUGCCGCUGCCAAGCAGCCGCUCAAGAGCUCUUCUGAGACUCCUCAACCCGUCGACCUUUUGACCAAGAUUGGCCGCGGUGCCGAGAAGAAGCUCGGCGAGAAGGCUGCUACCUGGAACGACCUGACAAAGCUCUACAAGACCGGCAGCUCGGCGCUCGAGGACGCUGGUCUGGGGCCCAAGGAGAGGAAGUGGGUGUCAUUCGCGCGUGCGAUGGUCGAGUCGUCUGCCGUCCUUGAGGGACGGCUGGCUCCGACGUUUUGCGGUGGCGAGAAACAGGGGAGCAGGUGUGAAGCGGCAGCGAGGCAUGUGCAGAACAUUGCUGGUGGAGCGUCACGAUAUCUUCACCAGCAAGAACGGGCUCGCGCGACACCUCUGCGCAAGCUGUGCCUCUCCGUUGUCACUUCGCGCGACCUCGCUUGUCCGACGCCAGACUAUUGCAGCGAACGCCGUGCUGACAGACACAGGUACAUCAUGUGGGCGUUCUCGCGCUACUCGACCGGCGACGCGCCAAGCUCGUUCAUCGAGCCUCCCAGGCCUGCCAAGAAGAUCCGUGGAUGGGGCCCACGUGUCCAGAACGGCAAGCGUGUCAAGUAA